AUGGCCAGCUUCCCGCCGCCGCCUCCAUCGUUGGCGAUGACAGCAGCGUCUGGGCCUAUUCCGAGAGAGGAGGAGGCGAUAGAGGACGACGUGCGUCCCUGCCGAGAUCUGGAGAGCAAGAAGCCGGAGGCGGCUAGGACUGCCAAGCGUUGGGAAGUGUGUAGGCGUCCACAUCUACACGGUUCUGCCACCGCCGACAUCCUCUCCGUGACGCACGUCGCGCAGAACCUUCCAACUGCGCUCUCCACCGUGAUCUCCGCGCGCACCGUCUCUCUCGCUGUCCAGCCGCGUCCGCUCUCCCAUGGAAGGAAACUCUCCACCGCGAUCUGCGCGCGCACUGUUCCUCUCCCCAUUACUCCUCUCCCCAUUACCACGCUUGAGUCAGUGCAGCAGAUCCACCAUCCUUCGCAAACCCCUCCCCCUGCACUCCCCGCCACGACGCAGCAGCAGAUCCACCAUCGACGCGCGCGCCGCGCGCCCCGACGCGGAACGCUCGAUCCCGCGCAGCAGGAGGCGGCCAACCAGUCGUCGUCGCCCCCGGCCCCCACCCCGCCUGCCGCAGCAAGAGGCGUCCGCUACCGUACGCCCUCGUCCCCGGACCUCCUCCUCCCCGUCGACGCCGCCAAGAUGCGCCGCUACUCCGCGCUGCCCAAUGGCGGCCACCAGGAGACGCUGGCCGACCGCGCGCACCGCUACCGAGGCGUCGUGCUCGUCAUCCUCGCCCCGCUCGUGCUCGUCUCUCUCGUCCUCCUCCUCAUGCCACGCUCACCCGCUGGCACCAUGGGCGGCGCCCGGAGGUCCGGGACAGCCGGGGCAGACAGGUACGCCGUCAUCUUCGACGCCGGUAGCUCCGGCAGCCGCGUCCACGUCUUCCGCUUCGACGCCAACCUGGAUCUCGUCCGCAUUGGCAGCGAGAUCGAGCUCUUCGUCCAGAUAAAACCGGGGCUUAGCCACUAUGCCAAUGACCCCCGGGAGGCUGCCGAGUCGCUCUUCUCUCUCCUUGACGAUGCCAAGCGAGUGGUGCCCGCCGAAUUGCGCGACCAAACGCCUGUCAGGGUCGGGCCACCGCAGAGCUGA